AUGCAGGGGGCCGUCACGGCGCUCGAGCCCGAGCGCAUGCGCGCCAUCAUGGUGCUGCGGGAUAGGCUGGACAAGCGACGCGAGAAGGGGCUGCCAACACCGACGGACUGCAAGCAGCACCAGGCCGCCACCAAGAUCCAGGCGAGGAUCCGGGGCUUUCUGGUGCGGCAGUGGUCCGUGAAGGAGCUCGCGCGGGAGAUGCGCCGGCAAAGAGCCCUGCAGGAGUCUAGUGGAGGCGUCGACGCGAAGCGUCAGGCUGCCUUCCAGGUGAUCUAUGCUGCCCGCCGGGUCUUUGUUGAGUACAACGCGGCGGUGUUUAUUCAGAAGACGGUGCGCGGCUCCAUGACGCGCAACAAGCUGCAGAGGCAGAUCAGCCAGAUCGCCCAUGCCUCCGCUGUGAAGGUGCAGGCUCUUGCCCGCGGCUGCCUCGUUCGUGCCAAGCAGAGGAGAAAGGGGGCUGCGGCGAAGCGAAUCCAGGCUGCGGUGAGGCGGAUGUUCGCCAUCAGGAGGGUUACGAAGAUCCGGCACCUCAACAGGCAGGCGAACAAGCUGGCGCGGGGCUUCCUGGCGCGGCACGGGCUCCGCCGGCAGCACCAGGCCGCCACCCAGAUCCAGCGGCACGUGCGGGGUGGCCGCCAGCGGGGGUGGCUCGUGCGCCAGCAGGCCGCGGCGGUGCAGCUCCAGCGCGUCGCGCGGGGCAUCUCCGCGCGCAGGCGGGUGGCGCGGAUGCAGGGCGCCAGCGGCUGCAUCGGCGCCCGGUGGCGUGGCACCAUGGAGAGGAGACGUCUAGCACAACAGCGCGCGCGGGCGGUGCAGAUUCAGGCCGCCUAUCGGGGGAUCCUGGAGCGGCGCUGGUUCCUGCGGCUCCAGCGGAUGGUGAAGCGCCUGCACUUGCUGGGUGGUAAGGAGGGCGGUCACAUCUUUUCUGGGAUGUCCAUGCUCGCCCGCAUCCACAACCGCACCGCCAACCUCUUUCAGAGGCGCCGGCUGUGGUCCCGCACCCUUGAGGCCAUCCACAUCCAGCGGGUCGUGCGGGGCUACCUGGCGCGCAGCAGGCAGAAGCGCCAGCAAGAGGCCACCCGGCGCAUCCAAGCGCUGCAGCGGGGGCUGAGCCUGCGCCGUCGCAUGCAGGUGAAGGUCCUGGCGGCGGUUCGGGUGCAGGCCUUCCUGCGGUGCAAGAGGGCCGUGUUCGUGAAGGAGAGCCGGGCGCAGGCGGCCCGCAAGAUCCAGGCGAUGCGCCGGGGCAUGGCGGUGCGGCGGCGCCUGAAACGCCAGCAGUGGGCGGUGAAGCGGAUCCAGGCGUGGCUUCGGGAUGUGCGCGCCAGCCGCCGGUCGACUGGCGGCGCCAAAAGCGGAGAGGUGCUUGCCAAGAGCGGCUCCAAUGGCAGCCUUGACACCUCCGAUGCCCUUUGGAUCCCAGUGCACGACACCCUGCGGCACGUGCUGGCCCUGGACCGUUUGACUCCCAGCGACUUGGAAUGCGACGACAGCCGCCCGGCCUCCCUGGACUUUAGCCUGGAGGACCGUCUACGGGAGGACAGCUUAGAGAUUCAGGACACUGUCUGCACGGAGGAGGCGGCCCUUCUGGACGAGCUGCAGCCGGAAGUGUCGCAGCAGACGCAGUCGCAGCAGACCCUGGAGGAGGCGUCCCAAGAGGAGGCGCCGGCGCACUUCACCAGCUCCCAGCUGGAGGCUUUCCUGGACGAGCCCAGCGUGCAGAGCUCGGUCCAGGAGGACGAGUGGCAUGCCGAGGACGCAGGCUUUCUUAUGCGCAUGGAAAAGGAAUGGUUCGAAGAGCCCGGCUUGCUGCCGAGUGGCCCUGAGGAGGCCUCGAUGAGCUCUGCGGAGAUGGACGAGGCCGCGCUGAGCGAUUCCAGGGUGAUCCCCGGGGAGGUUUUGGCGGACCCCACUACCAUGCAGAGCGGCGAUGAGGCCUCGGCGGGUGAGGCGAGCGCGGUGCACAGCAACCCAGGGGAGGCCUUGGCGACCGAGCCCAGUGUCAUGCAGAGCGGGGCGGAAGAGGUGCCGCAGGCCUCGGUCGGUGAGCCGAGCGUGAUGCAGAGCAACCCGGGGGAGGCUUUGUGCGAGCCGAGCAUUGGCCCUGAGGAAGGACGAGAUGGCAACUUCCGGUUAGAGGACACUGUCGCCGAUGAGGCUCUGCUGGCUGAGUGGCAGCCAGUGGAGUCGCAGCAGACCUCGCUACUGGAGGCGUCACAGGAGGAGGGGCACCUCACUAGCACGCAGCUGGAGGCUCUGGAUGCGCCCAGCGUGAUGCAGAGCUCUCUGGCAGAGGACGACGCCUCGCUGGCAGAUUGCCCACAGAUCAUUAUCAGCGACGCGCUCGCAGACUUGGCGGAAGAGGACAAGAGCGUGUGCUGCCUGGGCUCCAGUCUCCGCUCGGCGAUGGAGCCGCUCAGCCCCAAGUCGGAGGGCCUGGCGGACGUCUUGGACGCCUCCCAGGACGACGCCUCGCUGGCAGAUUGCCCACAGAUCCUCAUCAGCGACGCGCUCGCAGACUUGGCGGAAGAGGACAAGAGCGUGUGCUGCCUGGGCUCCAGUCUCCACUCGGCGAUGGAUCCGCUCAGCCCUAAGUCGGAGGGCCUGGCGGACGUCUUGGACGCCUCCCAGGACGACGCCUCGCUGGCAGAUUGCCCACAGAUCCUCAUCAGCGACGCGCUCGCAGACUUGGCGGAAGAGGACAAGAGCGUGUGCUGCCUGGGCUCCAGUCUCCACUCGGCGAUGGAUCCGCUCAGCCCCAAGUCGGAGGGCCUGGCGGAUGUCUUGGACGCCUCCCAGGACAGUCACUGGCUGUCCAACUGCUUGGUGACGGAGGUGCUGGAGGAUGCAGAGGAGACGCACGAGGCGCCGCAGAACGCAGCUCCUGCUGAGGAGGUCGCGGACGCGGAGCUGUUGGCGGAGUUGCAGGAAGCCCUGCUGGAGGACCCGACGUCUCUGCCGUCUGCACACGUCGAGGCAACUGGCUCUGAAGCCCAGGACCUUGAGGGAGAGGCAGAUGCAGCAGUGGGCGGCAUCCUCACCAGCUUGACCGUGAGGAGCACCCCUGCCUCGGACUUCUCGGGGACGGCCAACUCCGAGGUGCUGGAGGUGCUGCGGAGCAUUCACGGGGAGUCCUUGGCCGGCGACACAGUGGAGGAUUUGAUGCGGGCUUGUGAGACGAGCCACGCAGCCGAGCUCCCGUGCUCGCCGGGCAGCGGGGCCGCCGCCCACUCGAUGACAGGCAUCGAAGACGUGGGCCCCUCCAUCGAGGAUUUGGGGACCGCAGAGGAUUCCCUGAUGGAGAUCCAUCAGGAGGUGGAGGAGAUGGUGCCCCAAGCCUGA